AGAAACCCCCUGAACCCCUCUGUUCUCUGUGUAGAGAAACCCCCCCUGAACACCUCUGUUCUCUGUGUAGAGAAACCCCCUGAACACCUCUAUUCUCUGUGUAGAGAAACCCCUGAACCCUCUAUUCUCUGUGUAGAGAAACCCCUGAACACCUCUAUUCUCUGUAGAAACCCCCUGAACACCUCUGUUCUCUGUGUAGGGACGUUCACAGGGGUGUGUAAAGAAAUUGAUUAUUUCCUCGAGGAUGCAGACUAUGAGCAGGAUGCUGCGGAAUACCUACUGAGAGCAGUGAGAGCCUCCAGUAUAUUCCCCAUAAUGAGUGUAGGUCUGUUGUUUCUGGGAGGAGUGUGUGUGGCCGGCAGCGAGUUCUACAAGACACAACACAACGUCAUGCUCAGCGCCGGGAUACUGUUUGUCUCCGCAGGACUCAGUAACAUCAUUGGCAUCAUCGUCUACAUCUCUGCUAACUCUGGUGACCCGGGUCAGAGCGACAGUAAGAAGAGUUACUCGUACGGCUGGUCUUUCUACUUCGGGGCGAUGUCCUUCAUCUUGGCUGAGAUGGUGGGCGUUCUGACAGUACACGCCUUCAUAGAGCGCCACCGAAAGCUCCGGACCCGCGGCCGCCGCUCCCUCACCAAACACGCUCUGCUCCGCUCCGCGUCCUACUACAGCCGCUACAACCGCUACAGACGGAGCUCCAGUUACCGUGGCAACGUGGACUACCGUCACUCGCUGUCGUCCGCGGGGCAGCUGCGACCUCGCGACCCCUCGCCGUUGCCGGUGGCCCUGUCCGUGUCAAAGGUUGUCGCCGCGGUGCCGGCGGGGUCGGAGUUGGCCUCGCACAAACUAACGCCGCCCGACAACAAGAUGGCUGCAGGAGGAGGAGGAGGAGGAGGAGGAGGAGGAGGAGGGGUGGAUGUUGCGAGGAGCGUUUUCCUGUUGCCACUGACAAGCAAGCCCAACAACAAGGACAUGUUGCCUAGCAAUGCUGCUAACAGGAAGACAACACCUGUCUGA